GAAAACCGACUCCUAGAAACAGGAUUUCCUCGACGUUGUAACCUAGCAGUAUCGCUAAAGCUUGCGAUCUUCUGUCCUUCACCCCCAUUCGAAACCCUAGCAUUGAUCCUCGCUAUUCAUUCUCCCCAAACUCCAUUUCCCUUUUGCUUCAAAAGGGAAAUGAAAACUGAAUAAAACCAUUCAUUUAUGGAUCCUUUCUUAAAUUUCAAAAUUUCAAUGGUCGCUGCUUCAAGGUGCUUCAACAUUCUCCUUCGAUGCAAAACCACUUUCAUCUUCAAUUCCAGUCUGGUCCGAGGUUUAGGUAACCGUGUAUCGAUUCCACAUUAUCGUCCCCAUAAUUACUUCACUUGUGUCCACCUGUUUUGCCCUAUUGUAAGCAAAAUCGUCGGAAAUUACAACUCGCUUGCAACUCAGGCUGCUCGAGAUGAUGAAGGAAUGGCUGAUGAAUUCUUGAACCAAAUCCUCGCUACCUAUCGAAACGCGCCGAAUUCAAGUAAGGAAAGGUGUAAUGCUUAUGUUCAUAAGCUCUGCAAAGCAGGGAAUCUUUCUACGGCUAUUAGAUUACUGCAAUCUUUGCGUGAUAAUAAUAUAUUCAUCCCCAAUGCAUAUAAUACACUUUUGGCUGCAGCUGCUGAAAGAAAUCAGAUUGACCUUUCGUUUCGGAUAUUCAAAGAUUUAUUAGUUUUUCAUGGACCCUUGACCUUAACUUGUUAUCUUAACCUUGCAAGGGCUUGUGCUGAUACUAAUGACUGUACAGCAUUGAUUAGAUAUGUCAAGCAAGUGUCGGAUUUAGCUUUCCCGAAUAACAUGAUUGUUAUAAAUCGAAUCAUCUUUGCCUUUGGUGAAUGUAGGCAGAUAGAGAAGGCUCUUUUGGUAUUUAAUCAGAUUAAGGGUUUUGGAUGUAAGCCCAAUGUAAUAACAUAUAAUACUAUUUUGGAUAUCUUGGGUCGUGCUGGUCGGGUGGAUGAAAUGGUCCUUGAGUUUACUUCUAUGAAGGAAGCUGGCUUUGUUCCAGAUUUUAUUACUUAUAAUACAUUGUUGAACAAUUUGAGGAGGGUUGGGAGAUUGGAUAUGUGCUUAGUGUUUUUUAGAGAAAUGGAUGAUAGUGGAGUUGAACCAGAUUUGCUUACUUACAGAGAAAUGAUUGAGGCAUUUGGCCGAUCAGGGAACACUGGAGAAGCAUUAAGACUCUUUAAUGAUAUGAAACAGAGGAAGAUACGCCCGUCAAUCUACAUAUAUCGAUCCCUAGUUGACAUUUUGAAGAAAGCAGGAAAGGUGGAUUUGGCAAUGUCGAUUUCACAGGAGAUGAAUUCAUCUACUCCAGACUUGUUUGGUUCGAAGGAUUUCAAACGAAAACGUAGGUAGUUAUGUAAUUGAUUCAGGGAUUGAACUUCCAAAGAAUCCUUUUUACUGUCAACAUGAGUACUUCUUGGCUCAAACUAUAUGGAUGCAAGGAUGUUCCCUAGUGCAUUACUGUUGAUAUCGGUAUUCUUGACAUGAGAAGCAGAGCCAAAGGCCAAGCCUCAACCAUGAACAAUGGUGCAAAUUGGCUGAACUGAGUAUGCAUUCAAGCAUGGCAUUCAUUUUCCUUGUAAUAGAAAAUUAAUUGUCUUUUUGCCAAUGGUCGACAUACUUCAUGGCAACGUUAGGGUCAAAGAGCUUCAAAUUUUUUUAACUUCAAUUUUAAGUGGUUGCCUUCAUCCAAUACUUUUUGCCAUAGGAUAAGAAGAGAAUAAGAUUUUAUGUAAAAAAAUCAAUUUGAUUAAUGUAUUUGGUUCGAGCUUCUAUAUACAAACUUCGUCA